AUGUGCAAUAAAAGUUGCCAUCAAAUCUUAAUCUUGUGUCUCUCAAUAGAGGCAAUUGAAGAAACAAAAUUUGAGGAGGGAGCUGGUAAAAUAAGACCAAUCAAUGAGGACGGGUCAAGUGGAGUGACGUCUGAUGGCACUGCACCUGCUCAUACAAAUGGAACACCUUCUAAUGAAGAGAUUGCUCAGAAACAAAGUCAGGCAUAUAGUUGGGAGGUACAGAGUGAGACCAACUUGGAAUUGGCUGCAUUGGUGAACUACAUCACACCAGUCAGAUUCAAGAGCUUCGAGGAUGCGCACAAAAAGAAUCGAUCAUACGAGAUGUCCUCCUUAUCAGAAACAACAGCCGCAGCUCACCUGAAGCAAAAUCCAGUCGAAUUUGUCAACUAUAACAAGCGGCAACUCACUCGUGUGUAUCCAAAGGGAAGUCGAUAUGACUCAAGCAACUAUAUGCCACAAGUAUUUUGGAAUACUGGAUGUCAAAUCGUCGCUCUCAACUUCCAAACAUAUGACGUCCCAUUUCAGUUGCAUCUUGGCAAAUUUGAAUUCAACAAGAGCUGCGGUUACCUCUUGAAGCCUGUUUGUAUGAGACGGCCUGACAAGGAAUUUGAUCCUUUUGUUGAGUCGCCUAUGGACGGUGUUGUUGCAGCCACUCUGAAAGUGAAAAUUAUCUCAGGUCAGAUGCUGUGUGGUCAUCGGUGUGGCACAUACGUUGAACUGGAAAUGUAUGGGCUGCCGACUGACACAGUUCGUCGACGCUAUAAGACAAGGACUGUUCAGAGUACUCAAAUGAACACAGUGUGGAAUGAAGAACAAUGGGUGUUUAAGAAGGUUGUUGUACCCGAAUUGGUGAUGCUCAGAUUUGCAGUAUACGAUGACGGUAAUCGCUUUCUCAGCCAGAGGGUCAUACCAUUGACGGCCAUACAAGCUGGAUAUCGACACAUUCCCUUGAGAAACGAACUCAAUCAGCCAAUUGACUAUGCCACACUAUUUGUUCUCUUCGAGGUGUCCGACUACAUUCCAGACGGAAUGGCCGACUUUCUGGCUGCAUUGUCGAAUCCAAUUGCAUACCAAAGUGCAGUGCAGAAACGAGCGAAGCAGCUGGAGGAAUUGUACGACGAUGAUGAAGAGCAAGAGGGAGGUGGAGAGCAGCUACCCACCGCAUCAACCUCCAGCAUUCCAAACGAAACCGACCCAAAAUCAUCAAAAGUGCUAAGCACAUCAUUCAGUAGCAAUCUGACAACGUCUGACGCUGGCUCACCCGAAAGUUACGACAUUCGUAAUGCCUAUACUCUUACUCGCGACAGCAGCGACGCAAGCAACAAGAUACAAUCACUCAAUCUCGAUGAAGCAGAAGCGACAACAAGCAAAGAAACCGUUGCAACAGUCGACGAUCUGAAAGACAAUAAAGACUUCAAGAAGGUGGAGAAGAAGCACUCGAGUGAGCUUCAAAACCUCGAGAAGAAGCAAGCCAAGUCUCUGACGGCACUAAAGAGAGUCCACGAUCGCGAACUGGGAAAAUGGAAAGAUGCACAAGCUACAGCAAAGUCAAAAAAAGACGAAGCCACAUUGGAUAUGUUAGAAGCGCAGUUGAAGGAGUUGAUGGACAGACACGGAGCGCAGCUACAUCAGCUGGAGCAGCAGCAGGCCGAUGAGAUGAGACAACUCAAGAAGCAGCACACACAACAGGAGUACAAAAUUUUGAACAAACUUAUGGCAUUAUCACAGACUGCACAACUGAAGCGAUUAGAUUCUCGGCACAUGAAAGAGUCACAGCUUGAACAUCGUAAAUCGAGCAAGGACAUGCUGGAUGAGGUGCAAAAGUUCAAAGACAAACAGAAAGACAAGGUCUCUGAUAAAGAAGAAAUGGACAGGAUUUUGAGAGAAUAUCGUAAUAAAUUAGCCAAGCAAACAGCAGAGAGACGAAACAAUCUGACUGAGCAGCAGCAGUCAGAACGGAAACGUUUUCUUGAGGAUUAUGAGAGACGAUUGCAACAGUUUAAGGAAGAUGAAGCGAAGUCACUCGCUUCAUUUCAACGAGAUGCAAAUGCCUCCACCUCCGAUGACUAACAUCUGGUAGUCUGAUGAUUCUCACUUCAGUUUUGUGCAGAUUGUGCGUGUUAAGAUUAAUUUAAAAUUCGCGCUGAAUUCAUACUAUCUACUGGUAGACUGUAUUGAAUAUUUGGUCGAAUGUCGCCUCGAUGAAUGAGAUUGAGGGACGCAGUUUGAGGAGGAGAUUUGUAUGGCACUGUUUUCUCAUUGUUUUUAGCAUUCGAAGAGUAUGUCUGUGUAUUGGGUUUUACGUGCACUGGUGGAAGUAGAUUUUAUGAUGUUUAGUGCUGGUGAAGGAUAUUAGGAUGUGGUUAAUUGAUUGAGUGAUCAUAUUGA